AUGGGCGGACCUGACAACGGCGGCCCAAGGUUGAAGUGUUCGAACGCUUGUAGUAGAAUGAAAUUCAACAACCGCGUCAUCCAGCUUGUGGCGACCUUGUUCGUUCGUUCCACUUCUCCCAAGCGCCGUCAGUCUCCGCACGACUGGGCCGUUGAUACUAUGACGGACGCGCUCCGGGACGAAUGACCUCACUGCUGGACGACACUGAUGACAGAAGUUGGACGUCGUUGGCCGGAUCCUGGCUUUGCCGACCGAGUGUCCCACGACUUCUACGGGUGCCGACAGUCUUCGUCUCGAGCCUACGACCAUGUGGGCAAAUGGCGUGCCCGCUACCGAGCGUUUAUGCACAACGACCCCAGCUUCAGCCUCUCGUCCCUUCAACUCGCCACAACCUUUUAUCAAUCGUUGAGUGAUGUGGCUAAGCGGGAAGUGCGGGCUGGUAUGCUGCGGGAAUAUCGGGAUAACUCACUCGUGACUAUAGGGAGGUUCGGACGAACUGUCCCGUCCCUCGAGGAGGUUACCGACUGGGCCGCCAUCGCCGACGACACCGGCACGACAUCAGUUUCGACCCCGCCGAUUCGUACUGCGACUUAUGGAGCAAUUGCGAAAACGCCACGCACCGCCCCAUCCACGCCAAACGACGACGCACGUACCCAGAUCCGUCGAGCUCGAUGGAUGAACCGCGCCGGUAAAUGGCAACAGGCCCACCUGUGGAAGGAUCGGAACACGUGGUUUUCGCCAGCAUCGGGUGGGGUACCCGCCAGCAUGGCGUGUUUUAAUUGCGGUCAAGGUGGCCAUUUCUCACAGCAUUGUACAGCGGAGCGACAAUCCCCCUCGACCGUCCAAAUAUCAGCAAUUGCCUUUGCUGACAUGGACGAGGACGAAUGGUCGUCGGCCUCAGGUGACGUUGAGGACCCCCAGGUGCGAUUCCCCCUUCCCCUCGAGACUGAUUUGACUCGACCGUCGAGUUCCGCAUCCGCCUUAGUGACGCACCACUCUUGCCCUCCUGCAGACCUUGUUGGCCGAGUGAAAGACGUUGCCUCUUCUUCUUUUGAAGUUCAGACCUCAUCAAGUAGUUCGCAUCCAACCGUGCCGGCAAAUGAUGCAGAUCAACAUCGUCUCGACGAUAGCCUGGCUGACAUCGCGAUUGACACGGUGGAAGAUGUCUUGUACUACGCUGAUGCCGCGUCGCGCUUGUGUCAUUAUCCGGGGCCGGAAGUGGUGUCGUCUCGCAAGGCGGAAAGGACUGCUUCGGUGAGCUCUUUCCAGAUUCUUGUGCCGUCGGGUGUGUCUCUCUUGGCGUCCGCUGCGCCCCUGAUCGACAUCGACGAACCCGACCGACCUGUCGAGCCCGCCAUUGUACGCGCCCGCAACGUCAUCGCUUGGACGCUACCUUCUGGAAGGGUUUUGCGAUGUUUGAUCGACUCUGGAUCAGGAGGUGGUGCGAGUCGACCCGAGCUUCGCAACGGCCCGUUUGACUGCACCAUUGCACUUGCGCCUCGGCACCCAGGAUAAGUCCAACCGAUGUGCUGUGUUCGCCACCGCUCCUUUUUCGUCUGGCGCCCUAGAUCUCGGUUUGCGACCAUUUUUCGUUUGCCGUGUAACGGCGUACGACGCCAUCUUGGGGCUGCCAUUUCUUAAGGACACAGGCAUGCUCGUUGGUUGGGGCGUCUUCACCGUCGCGCGCACCGGCCCUUCGCAACCCGUCGCCCAGGAUACGCACGAAUGGGACCGAGCCGUCACCGUAGCACCUAUCUUAUCCGGUUCUGCCAUUGGCUGCAAUCACCCUGGGUUGCUUCCCGACGACGAGAUCAUCGGCCUCGAGCCACACAACCCGCUGCUCGAUGUCGUCGACGAUCCGGCGCUCGACGAUUUCUCUGAGUCCGAAGCACGAACACGAUUGGCUGCCUUACUCGAGAAAUUUUCUGAUGUGUUCGUAGAUUCGCUACCGAUGGACCAACUCCCACCGUACCGGCCAGUCAACCACGAGAUCCCGUUGAUCGAUCCCACCGAAAAGGUCAAACCCCGGGUGUACCCCCUUGCCGACAAAUAUCGCAGCCAGUGGGCAGAACACUCAGCUAAGUACACUCGUGGUCGAUUCUGGGUUUCGGGUCCGAUCGAUUCUGCGGCUCCGGUCUUUGCCAUUCUGAAGAAGAACUCCCAGACGGCUCGUUUCGUGAUCGACCUCCGCGCGCGCAACAACAACACCGUCAAGCGUUUUUCGCCCAUCCCGGACAUGACCAAUGUUCGAUACGAGGUGGCUCAAUCGCGUUAUCGCUCUAAAUUCGACGUGGCCGCGGCAUUUGAGCAGGUUCGGGUCAUACCGGAGCACGUCGAUCGCACCGGCUUCGCAACGGUGACGGGCACGUACACGUCGCGGGUCAUGCAGUUUGGUGACACCAAUGCGCCCAAUACCCUCAACCUCUUGACCUCGGCAAUGUUCCAGCCGUGUCUCCCGUUUGCCAAGAUCUUUUUCGACGAUGUCCACGUCCAUUCCGAUACCCGUCGUGCGCACUUGAGACACAUCAAGAUCCUGCUGAUGACAUUGAGACAUUACCGGUUCUACUUAGGAUCCAAGAAGUCCGAGUGUGACAGGCAACGUCGGAGGGGAUGA